GGGGGGGAUGCCGAUGCACGGCACUUCCGGGUCUGGCCGUGCGGAGGAGAGGCGUAGGCGCAGCAGCAUCCAGAGGUACAAAGAAGACGGCGACAAUGGCCGAUAUAUCACUGUAUCUCACUAACGUUAAUGUGUCGAUAGGACAGACCAUGGAUUUGGAGCAGACUCAGAGCCCUAACCCGGGUAAAGACUUUGAGAGUGUGGAGCUGGGAGAGCUGGACAAGAGAGAGGAGCAGCAGCAGAGGGAGAAGGUUCCUCGCAGGAUCAUCCAUUUCUCCAGCGGGGAGACCAUGGAGGAGUACAGCACCGACGAGGAGGAGGGAGAGGACAAGGAGCCGGAGAGGAAAGACCUGCUGUCCUCCCCGGUCGAUGCGGUGAGGUCAAAGUUGACCUGGGGUCCAUACUUCUGGUUUCACAUGUGGAGAGCUGCCACAUCCACCAUCUCAGCCUGUGACUACCUGGGGGAGAGGAUGGCCUCCCUCUUCGGGAUAACGUCAGCCAAAUAUCAGUACGCUAUUGAUGAAUACUACAGGAUGAAGAAAGAGAGGGAGGAAGAGAAAGAGGAAAGCCGCCUGUCAGAAGAAGCAGAGCGAUCCUUUGACCAGCUACAGUCUCAGGAAGACGAGGACGAACCGAUCACCAUGACAGGCCAGUCGGAGGCGGCUGCCGCUCAACCUGAUGUGUCCUAUCAGAUCGAGAAUGAAAAUCAGGCACCUUCGAGCACCAUCAGAGUCCCUGCUAUCGUCACGGCAACCUAACCAUCCCUAGAAAUGGACGUUUGCGCUUUAAAUGUCUGUUUGAUUGUUAAAGAAGGAACACUGUCUUGUUUCACCGAGCACCGUUUGGUUUGUGUACGACGCAGCUUUAGAUGGGCAGUGCUGCUGUAUUGUGGUUGUUUGGCAAGGACAGUCGUGGCGGAGUUACUCCUCUGACUGCUAAGUGUCUCUUUGCAACAGUGUAGCAACUGAUAAAGUCGCUGCUGGAUAAUGGAGCAACAUAUUUGGAUCUUUGGAGACAUUAAAAUUUCUAAAAUUAGAAUUGUGUUAUAAAAAAACAUACAAUAUGAGUUAGAAAAUAUUAUCUUAUGUGCCAAUUUAUCUGCUAAUGCAUAGUUUUGCUCACAUUGUUAGCCCGUUUAGAACAACAGUCUUCCAUUUUAUCAGUUGCUACAGCAGCCUCCCAGAUUUGAACGUUUGCUGUGGGGUGAAGGUUAAAUGUUGCUCCCCUGUGCCUCUGAUGGACCGGACACUGUGCCUAAAUCACCAAUACAGCCAAGUCAGUGACAGAUGUGGACGGAGCAUAUAUUUGAAAAUGAUUUUAAAGUGUUUGAAGACGUAAAAUAGCUUUUAAUUCAGUGAGUUUUUCAAAUAUUUGACGCAUGUACAACAGCUGUUUUGUCCAGAUCUGGUCAAACUGGUGCAUUCAUGAUACACCUGGCUGCACCAAAGAGAUGGCCACUUUAACGCUCCCUCACCUGUUUGCUUUCUGUGUUUUUGUAUUAAUGCUUAUUAAGCUUGUAUUUUACCCUCAAUGUCUGUGUGGAAGCACUGAGCAGAUUUAGCCACAUUUUGUUAAAAAACUAUGAAAACGGGUUUAUGUGUUCUAUGUUGCUCUUAUUAUCUGCCUUAUCUACUAUGGACAUAAGCAUAGUAGAUGUAGGGUGUAAGCCUUUGAUAAUGGCAGGGAGCAUUGUUACACUAAGUCUGUAUAAAGACAUUCAAACUUACAUUUUUAACUGUUUUUAGCACGCUUUUUGAUAUUUUUGUAUUUAUUUUACUGAACUGACGGAGCACUUAAUUUAAGCAUUUUUUCUAUUUAUUUAGUAAGUAACACUGUAUUGAAAUGUUAAUAAAAUCAGAGUUAUUGUCUGACUUUUA